AUGCAACCCAUUGCAGAGGGCAACGCGUCGCAGAGUUCCCCCAAUGAUGCUUCCGGUGCUGAAGACUCGGGCCUCGGUUCCGUCAUCAUAGACGGCAAAGCCCUUAUCGGCAUCCUAAAAUCUGGCAAGAGACGCCGGCGACACAAAAAACAUCACCGCGGAUCAAUUCAGUGGGGCAUAGACUCGAAAGAGAGCAAGCAGCAGCAGAACGCCGCUGCAGCCGAAAGCCAUGCCCCGGUCAUCCCUGCAGCAGCUGGGAACCCGUCAGCGAUACAAGGACCGCCCCAAACGCUCGCCGAACAUCCGCACGCGGCAGCGGCAGCGCAGGCAACACCCGCUGCGGGUCAAGUUCUUGCGGCCUCCGGGACGCCGUCAGCGUCGGCAAUCCCGACAAGAGCAAGUGUGUCAGCUGCGCCCCAAUGGACGCCGGCUACUCUGCGAUCACCAAUUCCGCCUUCAGUUACUGCGGUGCCGGCUGCGUCGGGGCCGCAACAGGCGUUGUCCGUCGCGCCUCACGGUGCCGUCAUCAACGUCGAUCGCCCUCACGCCGAGCCCGCGGUGAGCAAGCCUCUUCCACCGGCUCCAACUGCAUCGCCUGAGGCGGUCGCCAUUGCUGCGGUGCCGCUCUACCAUGACGUCAUACCGGCACCCGAGAACGCCGCCGUCCACGUUCCGGCGCAGUCCCUUCCAACAGCGCAGGGAGUCGACGAUACGACGAAUAAUUGCUGUCCCGCGGGCAUUACGGUGGGAGCGAUGUUGCUCCUGGCUUUGGUCUUCGCAACGAUGGGUCUGCUCGCCUUUUUGAUGGUCUUCACCGACACGCUGCAGAUGGAGACGAACGCGGGCGACGAGAGUGCGAAGUUGACGCCACUCACAGACUUCAAAGCGCCCCCGACGAACGAACACCCGGACAAGCAGCUUACGAUGCCGGCGACGAUCCCGACCAUGCGUGCGACCACAGAAGGAAGCGGGAUUCGCAGGGCCGGUCGGGAAAGGACGGAGGACACAGGAGAAGCAGGAUUUCUCUCAAUUGAUGGCGAAGGACAAGAAGGAUUGUCCUCGCUUGAUCCUACGACUCCCGUGACCGAGCCGCUCACGCCGUUGUGA